GUAGAAGGCGGCAUUCGAGCGCUGCUCUUUAGCAGGUUCGUGCGUGGCUACAAAUCCUUGAUACUCGAUGUCGUCACAAGCCAUCUGGUGGAUGCUAGCCGUCACGGCAGUGGCUCUCUUAUCAUGUGUCUCUCCUGCCGCUCUAUCCGUCCAAAACUUCGGAGAAAUGGACGUCGAUUUAGACGUAGAGAGCGAACGUGCUCAGUUCAACAGCACGUGCAAGUGCGGCAAAAAGUUCACGCGCAUCGUCGGCGGUACCGAAACUCAGGUCAACGCAUAUCCUUGGCAAGCAGCGCUCUUCCACAAGGAUAUUAACAGCAUUGUAUGUGGCGGGUCGCUCAUUACCAAUCAGCACAUCCUCACAGCUGCACACUGCUUCGCUCCUGAGACGCCUCUAACAGCAGAGAAUAUGGUGGUGCACUUAAGAGAUCACGAUCUCUCCAAUCCAUCGGAAACAAAUUUGGUUGAAAGAUACGCGAAGACAAUUCACAUACACAAGCACUACGACCGGCCCACCAUUCAAAAUGAUAUUGCCAUAAUACAUCUCAACAAAACCGUACCAAUCAGCUCACGGCUGUUGCCCGUGUGUUUGCCGUCUUCAGCUAAGCUAAAAUACGGAAACGAAGAAGCUAUUGCCACAGGAUGGGGUGCAACGUCGACCGGUGGCGAUACCACCAACACUUUACAGGAAGUUAAAGUCUCUGUGUUCAGCCGCAAAGAUUGCUUGAACCGGACCGCCUUCGAGCCUAUCCGGAUCACGCGCAAGAUGUUGUGCGCUGCAGGAUUAGACGGUCAAGGCACCUGCCACGGCGACUCCGGCGGUCCUCUCAUAUACCUUGAUCAAGAACAAAAUUAUGACCAAAUCGGGAUUACGAGCUUCGGACAUAAGGGAUGUGGCGACAAAGUCUUGCCGGCAGGCUUUACGCGAGUAAAUAAAUACUUGCGUUGGAUUGAGAGGCACACGACGGAGGGAGUUUACUGCUCAGGUUUUACUUUCCCUUAAGAGAAUAAAACAAAAUUCCUUUUUUUCCUUUGAUUACCUAGUGAAAGUGAAAAAUUAUGAUGAAUAAAUGAGUUUUAAAACAUUUGAUAAUAGAGGAACCGAUGUGACUCUCAUGAGCGAUAUUCUUUUAAAAAUACGUAACUUCUCAUUUUAAAAACUACAUUGUUCGAAUGUACACAGUAAUGGAUUGCAAAAAGAAUACAAUUAAUUUUUUGUUCGGGGAUUUAAUGCACCUCUGACGUGCCCCCCGUUGUGACAUGCUCAGUUUUUAUGAAUUGUUUAUUGACCUAUACAAAUAUAUACCACGGUUGUACGUGUUGGCGCUUAAUCUGAGGUUUUUUGUGAUAAUUAGGUGUCGAUUUACAGGCGAUUUUUCUUUCGUAAUUAUGGAUAAUAAUUACAUUUGUCUAAUAUUUGUUUGUGUUAUGUUUUGCGUUAUAUCCUUUUUUAGGUUUUAAAUAAAUUCUUGCCUUUAUUUUUUUAUUAAUGUAUUUUUCAGAAUGCCUCCAAAGUUUGAGUCCGAAGUUAUAGCAAGGGUUUCAUUGGUGAUAUGAGCAUAUAAGGGAACACAAGGUUUAAAUUCAUGUAUCCAUAUUAUGUUUCUUAUUUAAGCUUUUAUUUAUCAUUAUUAUUUAUCAUUUCUUUGCGAUCAUUAAUUUAAUGUCUGAGUUAAAGGUUUAAGGUUUGUUCCCGUAUUUUAAAUCAUGUGAUUAUUUUAAUCACCAUUGUUAUAUAUUUUGUUAAAUUCUUUAUGAUUUGAUUACUUUAUUCGAGAGAAACGUUUAUUUACGCUUUGACUGAGGUUCAUUUGUCUGUUACUUUUUGAUACUUUUUCAUUGCUGUUUUCUUUUUGAAAGACUGCGGAUUGAAGACUGUGGAAAUACGGGUAGGAAUACAUAGAAAAACAAGUCGUUUUUAUUGCAUGCCUUUUAAUUGUAGAGGUCCAUGAAUGAGUACUGGACAAACCUAGGUGACACAAGCAAUAUUAUAUUAUAUUAUAUUAUA